UCCCGAUCCCGAGUUUCUUUCCGAAUAGAAGAAACGUCAGUGAGAAGAGAGAUCCGAUCUACGACUACGACCUCUGUUAAUGUGAAGCAAACAAACGAAGAAAGCAUCUGAGAUUUUUCAAAACAAAGCGAGAAAUGGUUUGGGAGAAAGAGAAAAUCGUCGGAACUUGUUUACUCGGAGGAGCCGCCUUCGCCGUCGGAGCUUCCUUCCUCCACCUCUUCCUCAAAGGCGACCUUCCUCUAGGCUUAGGGCUAGGCAAAUGUGUGCUUUCCCCCUUCAGAAAACGCAAGCCCGUUCGCGUCUACAUGGACGGCUGCUUCGACAUGAUGCACUACGGCCACUGCAACGCGCUAAGGCAAGCGCGUGCUCUCGGUGACCAAUUAGUCGUAGGCGUUGUUAGCGACGAAGAGAUUAUAGCUAAUAAAGGACCUCCCGUUACUCCUCUUCAUGAGAGGAUGAUAAUGGUGAAGGCGGUGAAGUGGGUGGACGAAGUUAUAUCAGAUGCUCCUUACGCCAUCACGGAGGAGUUCAUGAAGAAACUGUUUGAUGAGUAUCAGAUUGAUUACAUUAUCCAUGGGGAUGAUCCUUGCGUUCUUCCCGAUGGGACUGAUGCUUAUGCGCAUGCCAAGAAGGCUGGGAGGUACAAGCAGAUUAAGCGUACUGAAGGAGUUUCCAGCACUGACAUCGUUGGUCGCAUGCUUCUUUGUGUGAGAGAAAGAUCUGUUAGUGAUAGUCAUAAUCGUUCCUCUUUGCAAAGGCAGUUCAGCCAUGGGCAUGACAGUCCAAGGUUUAAGGACGGAGUUUCUUCUGCUGGUACUCGCGUCUCGCAUUUUCUUCCUACUUCCCGCAGGAUUGUUCAGUUCUCUAAUGGCAAGGGGCCAGGACCUGAUGCACGCAUAGUUUACAUAGAUGGUGCGUUUGAUCUUUUCCAUGCUGGCCAUGUUGAGAUUCUCAGGCGUGCUAGAGAGCUUGGAGACUUUCUUCUUGUUGGAAUACAUAAUGACCAGACCGUCAGUGCUAAAAGAGGAGCGCACCGCCCAAUCAUGAAUCUCCAUGAAAGAAGCUUAAGCGUUCUGGCAUGCCGCUAUGUUGAUGAGGUGAUAAUUGGCGCUCCGUGGGAAGUGUCGAAAGAUACGAUCACAACAUUUGACAUUUCAUUGGUGGUUCAUGGGACAGUAGCCGAGAGCGAUGACUUUCAAAGGGAGGAAGAGAAUCCAUACGCUGUACCAAUUAGCAUGGGCAUAUUCCAAGUUCUAGAAAGCCCUCUUGAUAUCACAACGUCCACCAUAAUCAGGAGGAUUGUAGCCAACCAUGAAGCUUAUCAGAAGCGUAAUUUGAAAAAGGAAGCUAGUGAGAAGAAGUACUACGAGCAGAAGGCGUUUGUGUCCGGGGACUGAUAGAAUCAGAAGCUGUAGACUUCCUAGAACUUUUUUUAAAACCAUCUUCGGGAUUUGAAUCAGUUUCUUGCUCAUCUUAGUAUCGUUGUGGCGACUAUAGGAGAAUGUUUCUGGAUGAGAGUCCAAUGCUACAUAUGACAUUCUGUUCUCUAGUUUACAGUUUACAUAAAUAAGGCAUUGAUGGUUUUAGCACCAAUUGCCUUUCACUUUUUGGGAUGUUUCAUUCUGUUUGUAACUUUUGUUUUUUUUGCGUUACUGCAAAUAUGUAUCUGUUUAGUGUUUA